AAGACGGGAGCCCAGCCUUCUACGGCAAGUCGAAGGUAGCAAGAUGGCCGCAGCGGAGGAAGAGAGCGCAUCCGGCACGGACCCGGAGAUGGACGAGCUUUUGGAAAGUGCACUUGAUGAUUUCGAUAAAGCCAAACCCUCCCCAGCAUCCCCUCCUAUCACCACGGCACCUGAUGCUUCAGGGUCCCAGAAGAGAUCGCCUGCAGACACAGCUAAAGAUGCCCUCUUUGCCUCCCAAGAGUUCUUCCAAGAAUUGUUUGACAGUGAGCUAGCAUGCCAAGCCACUGCAGAGUUUGAGAAGGCUAUGAAGGAGCUGGCUGAGGAGGAGCCCCACCUGGUAGAACAGUUCCAGAAGCUCUCCGAGGCAGCAGGGAGAGUGGGCAGUGAUACAACAUCCCAACAAGAGUUUGCUUCCUGCCUGAAGGAAACGCUCAGUGGACUAGCAAAGAAUGCCACUGACCUUCAGAACUCUGGCAUGUCUGAAGAGGAGCUGACCAAGGCCAUGGAGGGGCUGGGCAUAGAAGAAGGGGAAGGAGAAGGCAAUAUACUCCCCAUUAUGCAGAGCAUUAUGCAGAACCUAUUAUCUAAGGAUGUACUAUAUCCAUCACUAAAAGAAAUCACAGAAAAAUACCCAGAGUGGUUGCAGAGUCACCGUGAAGCACUGUCCCCAGAACAAUUUGAGAAAUAUCAGGAACAGCACAAUGUAAUGGGCAAGAUUUGUGAACAGUUUGAAAAAGAGACGGCUGCAGACAGCGAGGCCACACAGAAGGCCCGCUUUGAGAUGGUGCUAGAUCUCAUGCAGCAGCUUCAGGAUUUGGGCCAUCCCCCAAAGGAGCUUGCAGGGGAAACACCCCCUGGCUUCAACUUUGACCUUGACACCUUGAAUCUGUCGGGCCCUGCAAGUGCCAGUGGAGAGCAGUGUCUGAUCAUGUGAAAUUCUUCACCCUUCCUUUCUCAUUCCCAGCCAUGAGUGAACACCUUAAGUCAGCAGAGCCAUUGGGGGGCUGGGAAGGGUGGUGAUACUGUGAAGAAAUUGCCUGCCUGUCCCAUUUGUCUUCUGUCCCCAUUCCACUUCCUCCCCCAGCUCUUACUCCAAGGCUACUCCAUACCAGCACAGGUCCCUCUGUGGGACCUUUUAUUCAAAUUGCUGUCAUGAAGUCUUUUACCCCAUCCCCUGUUCUCUGCUGCUAGCGAAGGUACCUAUCUCUCCCUGCUUAAGGUCUUGAUGGACCGUGUUCCCUUGCCCCUCUUCCCCUACCUACCAUAAUAUUGAGUGUAUACCUCCACUGAUGCUUCCUCCUCUGACUCCCAGGGUCUAUGUGCCUUGUUCCCUAUUCCCUUUUGAGUCCGGGUGCUGUGGCAGCUCUGAGCAUGGGGCUAGGGGAAAUCCUGGCUCUGAACACUCAUCCUUUGGGUAUCUGAUCCCUCAGGGCAGAAACUUUGGUCAGAGUAGGAACUGGAGAAGGGACACUUUGCAUAUCCUGGUGAGAAUAGGGUCUUUUCUGGUCUUUGCCAACCACGUGUCCUUUCCCCUAGGUGUACAUAUACUGUUGCAUCCUCUGAGGAAAGGAGGUGUGAGCUCUUGAGUUCUAUUCUCCUAAAUUAAUAAGAUGCUUCUGUUCCUGGUCCAAUCUGAGAAGCCAAAUGUUAUCUUGAAUGUUCCACAGUGCUACUGUUUCUUGUGUACCACCCCCUUUUUCUCAUUCAGCUAUGAUCCCCUAGCAAAUAUAUAUACAAAAUUGGAAGGGAGAGAGGGUUCUCUCCCUGUUUUGGGGGCACUUUUGAGACUUCGAUCCCCUCAAAAUUCUAAACCUUGAUUCAUGGCAGGUGCUUGGGAGAGGGCUGGUAGCCUGUCCUCCCCCAACCCUUCCGAGUCCCCUAUGCCUUGGUUGAUGUCCAGUAAACAUCCUGAGCUAGGCUGAUGGGAGUGUGGCCCCUUUCUUGGGUGGCAUAAGCUCCUACAGACUAAGGGUAGAGCAGGGUAAAUUCCUUAUGAAAGCUGGGUUCUGAAACCACCUGCUCAGAGGUGUUUGGCAAUGCUCUUCCUCCUUGCCCAGGUCAAGCUAAAAUAUCUGCCCAUUUCUUAAAGAUUUCAGCAAAAGGUUCUGAGGUUUCUAAUUUUUCACUGACAUCAUUCUGCUUAAUAUUUCAAAUUUAUUAUUGAAUGUUAAAUCUCUUCUCUUAGCUGCCCUUUCUUCUCCCCAGCCCUAGAUCUGAGAGCCAUUGAUACUAUGGGGCCUUGUUUACCUUACAACCUAAGCACUACACUCGGACCAACCCCCCCUGAAUUAAGUAUUAAAACAGCUAACAUUAAGAUGAAUUUGGUCUUGGUUUAAAGUCAAAUAUAGUUCACUUCAGUAAAUUAGGGGGUAGGAUGGAGAAGACAUAACUUAAGUGUUGUAUUUAGUUCUAAGCACCCCUCUUAGGAUGUUGAUAAGUUGGCUCAGGUUUGAGGGAAGAUGAUGCUAAGGGGGCUUAAAAUCACAUCAUUCAAAGGUUAGUAGCUGAGGGUGGUAGUGGAAGAAAAUGGCUUUGCAAGCUAAAGCCUUCCCUCCCUCCAUCUCCUGUCUGCUUUCCUAGUGCUAGCUACCACUAUCAAGAAACUUGAGGGAGCUGUGCCCAUUUUUGUUCCUAAACCCCCACCCCCAAGACUGUUGAUUUGUAUUAGGAGGAAGGGACUCAUGUAGCUCACUGUACAGAAAGCUGUGGCAAACCUGUCUAGUUAUUGCCUCUGUAGAGCUUUCUUCCCUAAUAAAACAUUGCCUGCAGUACAUCUCUACUGGGGGUGGGGGGGUGUGCACUAGAAAUACUACUGGGGUUAAGACUCACGAGACCUGGGUUUGAAUCCUACCUCUCCUACUUGUGACCUUGGGCAGGUCAUUUAAUUUCUGGGACUCAGUUUCUUGAUCUGAGGGGGAGGAGUUGCUCAUUAGUCUCCAAAGUUUCUUCUAGCCGUCAAUGACUGAGCAUAUAGAGUAAAGGCAUUAAAUAAAUGCUUGCUAAAUCAACUCUAGCUUCAAUAUUCUGCUACAAAAAAACCUAUUCUGUGUUCAGUGCCAUGUUUAUUACCUACUGUGUAAAGGAUAUUUUUUUCCUAAACUUAACCUCAAACUUUAGGGGGUUAGACAAGUCAAUUUUAUAGAUACUGACAAUUUUUUAGUCUGGUUUUUGUUUAGAAAGGUUUUUAGUCUGCUCUCAUUUAGUUGCCUUUCUAGUCCCUUAGUCAUUUUAGCUGCUCUUCUCUGGAGCAAUCUAAUUACACCCUUUUUCUAAGGGUCCCAAGAAGUUUACUGUGUACUAGGCGAAUCCCAACCAAGAGUUUUUGUUUUCCCAGGCUGAACCACACACCUUUGUAACCCAAUUGUAGUUAAAUAUAUAGGUUAGGGGAUAGGACAGAGGGAGGCUUGCUUAUGGCACUAGAAGGAAGUGGUGAAAAAAAAAUCGCUAUUUACUCUGAGAAGCUUAUACACAUGUAUUAAUAUCUGAAGAAAAAAAAAGUCCUAAGGAAUGAAGGGCAGGAAAAAGGAAAGUCAAAUAGUUUGAGGUGCACCCUAGAUCUUGGCAGCCUCCUGUAAGAAGAAUGUUAGGAGUGCUAGAGAUCAAAAUGGGCUGAUGCUGGGGAGGAAGAUUAAAAAACUACAAAGGGUUUGAGUUAGUUUUUUAAGGGUAUAUUGGGAAAACUUGAUCAAAGAUCGAACGAAUAGCUUUCAAACCCCUUUCUUGCUUCUCUUUUCUCUGCCAAGCAGAAUGUUCUUUGGACCUGAAAGGGCAGGAACAAAUGUGGCUAAGGCACUGAUAUAAUAAAUACGGAGCUAGUAACAAAUUACUUAGCUACCUUUUGUGAUUUUA